CGCUGUUUACAUUUUCAAACCGUGUUUUCAUUUGUGGUGAAAUUGGAUUACCUUUUGUAUUCACCGGAUAAAAAUGGACAAUCUUUUACAGGAAAAUCACAGUCUAUUAAAGAAAUUAGAAUUGAAAAAAGAAAUGGAAGCAGCUUAUCUCGAUGAAAUCGAACAACUUAGAUCAGUAAUUACUCGAUUACAACAAGAAAAGACGUCGAUUUCAACUCCACGUGUUGAUGACAAUUCGUUAUUGUUGUAUAACUUAGAAGGUCGUGUUGAAAAAUCUGAAGAAAAAGUUGCGCUACUUACCAAGGAGCUUGAUUUAGCCAAAAAACGUGAAGCUGAUCUACUGGAACAGUUAAAUAGUUUUGUAAAUAAAGUGGAUAGUAUUUCUGAAUGUUCUAUAACUGUUCCUGAACCACAUAAUUCUUUGGUGGAGGAAAUCAAUCGGUUGAAAGAGGAACUAUCUAGCAAAGAAACUUCUAAUCGUCUUGAACAAUCAAAAUUAACUCGUCAAAUCCAAGAAUCAGAGGACGAUCGUCAAAAUUUACAGGAUUAUAUAAUUGAAUUAGAUCGUCAGUUAAAAGAUUGUCGAUUAGAAUUAAAUGAUACUCAAGCUCAACUGGAAGCAUUACAAAUUCAAUCAAAUUCUACAGAAAGCACACGAGGGAAUUCAGUAUUUUCUGAAAUUGAAGAUCGACGUAUUCGUGCUGAACAAAUUGUUAUUAAACAAGGAGAACAAAUUAAUGAAUUAAAAUUACGUUUACGUCAAACAGAAACUGAUGCUAAGCGUAAAUUAACAGAAUCAGUUCAGAAAUUAGAAACUAGAUAUCGUGAUCGAGAUACGAAUUUUAUUGAUGAGUUAGUCGCUGAACGUGAACGUUUAGUUAAUGAGAACACAAAAUUGAGUUAUCAAGUACAACAUUUAGAGGAACUACAAUUGGAUCAGGAGCGUGGAGCUUUAAAAAUAUCAAAGGCAUUUAAUUUAGAAGGUAACUCACAAGAAGGUGUUAUAUCGAAUUUAGAGCGUCGAAUUAAACAAUAUAAACGUGCUCAAGAACAAUCAACUGAAAUAAUUAGUGGACUCCGUCAACGUUUACUUGAUUCUGGUCAGAUUAGACGUAAAUUACAAAAUGAAUUAUGGCGUAGUAUUGAUGAAAAUACUUCUUUGUCUGAACAGAUUAGUGAACUUCGUAAACAACUUAGUGAUCUACGUAGUGGAAAAGUUUCUGAUAACUUAAAAGCAAAUAAUGUGGAACUGAAAAUCAAACAGUCUAGUCCAUCACUUACGGAAAGUGACAAGCUUGAUGUUGAGAACAGAGACCCUCAGAAAUCAAAUAGUAGCAAGGCUAUAUACUGUACAAAUCCUCCUAAAGAAACUCCCGUGGAAUUGUCGAAACCUGUUCACAGAGUGGACCGUCCUGGUGCUGGUAUACAGAGUAAAGAUGUGCCCCAGAAUUGUAAUACUUCAUAGUACAAGUGAUACUACUCACCAUCAUCUUUGGUAUACUAUGUCCAUAUCGAGUGUAAUUUUGGAAUCAACAUGUGCAUUUCGCAAUUCACGCACAUAUUUAACCAGAUAGAUAAUAAGAUCUGGACAUUUGCUUUCAACGUCAUCUAAUAUCCCUUCACAAUGUAAUUUAGCUUUUUUGUAUUGAAUGAAUUGUAAAUACACUAUCCAAUUCCCAUGUUGAACAAGUUAAAACAAUGCGUGAAAUGUUAUUUCUACGAA